CGCAAGGCCUUUUCCAUGCUUUCAUCAUCCACCGGCUACACAUCAUUAUAUCAUAAAAAGGAGAACAUUAUCAAGUGUUUCCGUGAUAUAUCGGUCUGAAUCACACAAUCUAGCAUGCCUACCAUUGCUGUAAAUAAGGAGCAGCUGUUCAAGUCGCUAGGAAAAACGUACACAUUUGAAGAAUUCAAUGUGCUGUGUUUUGAGUUUGGUUUGGAGGCAGAGGAGCCGGAGGAAGAGGAGCUAAAGCAGAAUCCAGAGCUGGCAUCAGAAUUCAAGGUGGACAUACCAGCCAACAGAUAUGACUUACUGUGUAUUGAAGGACUGACUCGAGCUCUCAAAGUUUUCCUUGAAAAAAUAAAGGCUCCCAGGUAUGAAGCAUUGGAACCAAACGGUGACCAGUUGCAGGAACUUACAGUUCUACCGUCUACGGCCCAGGUACGUCCGUAUGCUGUAGCAGCUGUCCUCAGAAACAUCACCUUCACCCCAGAGAGAUACAAGAGUUUCAUCAGCCUUCAAGACAAAUUACAUCAGAACCUUUGCAGGAGAAGAACUCUAGUUGCUAUAGGAACUCACGACCUUGACACAAUAAAGGGACCUUUUCUGUAUGAUGCUCGACCUCCAGCAGACAUUAAAUUCAAGGCAUUAAAUCAGGAAAGAGAGAUGACAGCUCCUGAACUGAUGGCUCUGUAUUCAACUGACAACCAAUUAAAGCACUUCCUGCCGAUUAUCCAGGACAAGCCAGUGUACCCGGUCAUCUAUGACCAGAAUGGUGUUGUCCUGUCAAUGCCACCAAUUAUCAACGGGGACCACAGUAAGAUCACUUGUGACACACGCAAUGUGUUCAUAGAAUGUACCGCCACAGACCUGACCAAGGCCAAGGUGGUCAUCGACACUCUGGUCGCCAUGUUCUGUGAAUAUUGUGACAAACCCUUCACAGUGGAAAAGGCGAAGGUCACAAUGCCAGACGGUAGCUCUGCAUUCUAUCCUGAGCUGGGAUACAGGAUGGAGAAUGUGAGCGUAGACAUUAUCAAUCGUAAUGUCGGCAUUAAAAUCACUCCAGAGGAAACAGCGCGCUUGCUGACACGGAUGUGUUUAGCUGCUGAGGUGGCAGAUGGUGGGGCCCAGGUGAGGGUUGAGGUCCCUCCCACCCGUCAGGAUGUGAUCCACGCCUGUGAUGUUACGGAGGAUGUGGCGAUCUCCUUUGGGUACAACAACAUCAAAAAGACCAUUCCCCUAACCAACACUGUAGCUAACCAGUUACCCAUCAACAAGCUUACUGACCAGCUACGACAAGAAAUGGCAGCCGGCGGGUUCACGGAAGUCCUUACUUUUGCCCUGUGCUCAAGGAGUGAUGUGUCGGACAAGCUGCGGAAAACCAUAGAGGAAGCUAAUGCUGUACACAUCGCCAACCCCAAGACACUUGACUUUCAGAUAGCCAGAUCUUGUCUGCUGCCUGGCGUACUGAGAACAAUCAGUAACAACCGACAGAUGCCCCUCCCCCUCCGCCUGUUUGAGAUAUCAGAUGUGGUUUAUAAGGACAAGACAAAAGAUGUUGGGGCCAGGAAUGAUCGACGGCUGUGUCUAGUCAACUACAACAAGUCAUCUGGGUUUGAGAUUGUGAAAGGAAUGCUUGACCGUGUGAUGCAGCUGCUGGAGGUUCCAAUGACAAACGACAACAAUGGUUAUCACAUUCGAGAGAGUCCAGAUCCUACCUAUUUCCCUGGGCGGAGUGCGGAGAUCGUUCUACGAGGCGAAAAGAUUGGUCAGAUUGGUGUCCUGCACCCUGAGGUCAUCACCAAAUUUGAACUCGGUAACCCCUGUGCUGCCCUGGAAAUGACCAUAGAACCCUUCCUAUGAUGUUGUGACUCAGUAAUUUUGAAAAUGAGGGACCUUGAAUAAAACUAGAAAAAUAAAUGCAGGUCUGAAAUCUCUCGGGACAUCAAAUCCAAGCAUUUUAUGGAUAAUGUUUUGGAAUUUUACGCUUUGAAGAAAACGCAGCAAACAAAUGUCAAGCCUCAGGUUUUGUGAUUUUGCUGUGAUAUUUCUUCAGGUUUUGAUUUGCUGUCAUUAAGGUGACGGAUUUUGACUUAUUCCUCUACAGUGCUGAGGGAACACCAUUUUGAUGCUAAAAACACCAGUACAAUUCAUAACAUUGACAAGGGAUUCGUAAGAAAAACAGGGUUUCAGAGUUAUCAGGUGUCAGGAUUAAGAUAUACAUUGAGUGUUGAUAUCACUCAAGAUCUUAUGGGGGUCAGAAUUUUACAUCUGUGCCAAGUGUCCUUUGAUACAUAUAAUAACCCAUGAUGUCACUCAAGGUUAACAAGGUCAGCAUGUACAAUAAAUAUCUUUAGAUAUAAAGUAUUUCAGAGGCAUAAUAGUGCCACUCUGAAAGGUUGGAAACAGACAAUGUUAAAGAUAGGGAGUUUAAGAACCAGCUCAUUUGAUCAACACAUCCUGUGUUGUAUAGAUUAAUAGAUAGACCAAUCGCAGACAAUAUAUGUGUAAGCACUGCUUGAAAUAAAAGAGUAUCAACACUAUGUAUAGAUAAAUGUGUAAAAGAAGUAACAAUGAUGGGGAAAUUAAACAAGAUGUUUGAAAAUGUUUUACACAAAAGCAUAAAUGUGUCUGUCUCACUUUUGUUCUAAAUACAAGACUUAUAGUAUAACUCUUCAGGAGAAAUGCACCAUCUGUUGUUAAAAUUUCACAUCUUGUCCAGUUGGAAAACUUAUUAUCAUAUGCACAAUGUAUUCAUUAAAAAUUGUGAUGGAGACAAAAUAUCCUAGAAUAUCUGGAUACAUUCAGGUAUUAGUUUUGAGGACAAUUUGCAAUCAUUGAGAUUAUGAUUAUCAAUUUCAUUAUACAAUGUACUCUCAUUUAAACAAGUGACAUUGCCACUUUUAUCUUACAAUAUCCAGGGAUUUUGCAUGUACAUGUAUGGAGUGAGUGUGAUCGACAACCAUUGUCAGGUUGUUUCUAUCUAACACGGUUACAUAUACCAGUGAACAACUAAUCACAGCUUUUCUUUCAAAUAAUUCUGCAUGCACAGAGCUGCAGAUGAUGUCUUCAUAGAUCUAGUCAGACCAAUGAAAAGUGUAGGUAGGUCAUUAGUCAUCUAGACAAGCACAGCUUCCUGUUUCUCUGCACAGGCACAUUAACUUUGGCCAAUGUGAGUUUGGUCCUUUUGUAGUUAGGUAAGUUUAUGUUUAAACUCCAGACCAUGAAGGUUACGUCAUGCAGAUAUCUGGUGAAAUAAGGUAUAAUAUUAUAUGAAACCGUGCUGUGUGUAGUGUGGUUUGGAAAUUAAUUUUUGUAGGAAGAAUUUCUUUUGCCUUUUUUCUAUAUGUAAUUUUAAAAUAUUGUUGACAAAAUUUUAUCAUCCAUCUGUUGUCAGGUCUCGUUUUCAACCUCUUUCAUCUGAAGUUAUCUGUUCGACAGUGUGAUAACAAGGCCAGGUAAUUCAGAGAUGAGAUUGUAAUUUCUCUGGUUUUGUAAAUAAUGGGCUAGAUUACUCAUAUUUGAUAUUAAAGUUGCUAACUUGACUGUGCUAUUUAUUUGUGCUAUUAAAAAUCAUCAAUUAAAUCUCCAACAUGAUA